AUGGCUCCAAUUUGUUGCAUUAUACCGGAACAUGUACACCAGAAGAUCAUUGAAACAGGACAGGCACCCCAACAUGUCAUCAAUGCCUGUCAGUCUACCAUUGAUAAAACAAGGGAACUACAAACUAUCCGUGCCCAACACGGCCAGAGUCUCCUAUCAGCUCACGGCCAGCAGCAGCCUUCUGAAGGUAUCAUUCCACCUUAUAUCCUUGAAACUAUUGCCCGGCAUGCUGUAACAGAAGAACAACGCGAUUCAUCCAUCUAUAGACUUGCGCAUGAUACUGAACAUCGCGUAGUCGCUGGAACCGUACGCCACUUAUUUCGUACGGUCUAUAAUGCACAUCACUCAAGUGAUGAUCUUCCCCGUGAUGAUAUCAUGAUCAAGGAAGGAGGCCCUCUCAUCACCAAGGAGCGAGACCCAAGUCUCGACGCAAAUGAAUGCUACAUCGGAUUUAAGAAGACUUAUGACUUCUACUUUGACCUAUUGAAACGGGACUCAGUCAAUGAUCAAGGCCUCAAGCUCGACGGCUUCGUGCACUUUGGUAACCAAUUUCUGAACGCCCUCUGGGACGGCAGAGAAAUGGUUUUCGGUGAUGGAGACGGUGUUCACUUCAAAGGCUUCACCGAUGAUCUGGACGUCAUUGCCCAUGAACUUACUCACGGGGUAGUACAGUACUCAAGCCCACUUGAGUACAGCUUUCAGAGCGGUGCUCUGAAUGAGUCACUUGCCGACGUCUUUGGAAUCAUGACCAAGCAAUGGGGGAAUGAUCCAGAGAAUCCGCAGACUGCAGAUCAAUCUAACUGGCUGAUUGGGGAAGGUAUUUGGGCCGAUGGCAUCAAUGGAAGAGCUCUACGCGAUAUGAAGGCGCCUGGGACAGCUUACAAUGAUAAUAGAAUCGGAUCUGACCCCCAACCAGCGCAUUGGAAGGACUUCAAAAAGCUCCCAAUCAAGAAUGAUCAUGGUGGUGUCCAUAUCAACUCUGGUAUCCCAAACCAUGCCUUCUACCAGGCUUGCAAGAUGAUUGGAGGGUAUGCCUGGGAAACUGCUGGCCCUGUUUGGUACAAGGCUCUGACAAGCGGUAAACUCGGCGAAGAUGCUACGUUCAAGGAGUUUGCAGACCUUACUAUUCAAAAUGCUGGUGAGUAUGAAAAGGAGAUCAAGGAAGCUUGGAGCCUGGUUGGGUAUCCGUUCGUUGAGAACGGAGAUGAGUUGUGA